UGUCAGGUUUUGUAAGCAACAAGAGUAUAAAAAGCUUGAAUUGAAUUGAAUUGAAUUAAUCUUAAUCAGACUGCGUAACACAGUGUGGUCGAUUGAAGCAAAGAGAAAUACGCCGUGGCUGAAAUAAAAAAACCCAUUCAUUCAUUCAAUCCCUUUUCAGCCAACUCACACACUUUCUCUCUGCAUUCUCUUGCCCUAAUUCUGCUGUAACGCAGAUCUAUCUUCUCCAUUUCACUUUAAUUUAGGGUGCAACAAGGUUCUACCACUGUAUUUGGAAAGUUGUAAGGAUGUUUGGUUCAUCAAACCCAGCUUUUGGGCAGGCGUCAUCGAGUCCGUUUGGCUCCUCGCAGUCAGUGUUUGGGCAACAGAACAAUUCAAGUAACAAUCCUUUUGCCCCUAAGCCAUUUGGUACUACAACUCCAUUCGGUUCACAAACUGGUAAUUCCAUGUUUGGGGGUACUUCCACAGGUGUAUUUGGUGCAGCUCAAACGUCUUCUCCUUUCUCUUCCAAUACUACUUUCGGUGCUUCGUCUUCACCUGCUUUUGGUAGUUCGAUGCCUGCAUUUGGGGCAUCUUCAACUCCGGCUUUUGGUAGUUCAUCGUCGUCAUUUGGUGGUUCAUCAGUUUUUGGUCAGAAGCCUGCUUUUGGAGGUUUUGGCUCUACUCCUACUCAAACAAGUCCAUUUGGAGGUGCCACCCAACCAUCACAACCAGCAUUUGGAAGUGUCACCCAACCAUCGCAACCAGCAUUUGGAAGUACCACCCAACCAUCACAACCAGCAUUUGGAAGCAGCAUAUUUGGUUCCUCAACACCUUUUGGUGCAUCAUCCCAACCAGCAUUUGGUUCAACAGGCACCCCUGCUUUUGGUGCUACGAGCACUCCUUCCUUUGGUGCUACUAGCACCCCUGCGUUUGGUGCAGCCAGCACUCCCACAUUUGGUUCAACCUCAAGCCCAGCUUUUGGUAGCACAGGAAGUGCUUUUGGUGUGUCAAGUGCUCCCGUGUUUGGAGGUGGGGGAGCAUUUGGGGCUUCAAGUAGUCCUGUAUUUGGUUCUUCAAGCACAUCUGCAUUUGGUACUUCGAGCUCUCCAUUUGGGGCCUCUAGCUCUCCUGCUUUUGGUGCUUCUAGUACCCCUGCUUUUAGUUUUGGCUCCACUCAGGCUUUUGGUCAGUCUAGCUCUGCAUUUGGUACCAGCAGCCCAUUUGGGAGUACAACCUCAGCUUUUGGAGGUCAGAGUUCUGCUUUUGGAUCACAGACUCCCACUCAAGCUUUUGGAAAUACUGGUAUUGGGCAGUCAGGAUUUGGUGGUCAACGAGGUGGAAGUAGAGUAGCUAGUUACUCAGCUACACCUGAAGCAGAUAGCGGUACCUCUGGACAGACUGCAAAAUUGGAGUCCAUAUCAGCCAUGCCUGUUUACAAAGAAAAAAGCCACGAGGAGCUAAGAUGGGAGGACUAUCAAUUGGGAGAUAAAGGUGGACCACUUGCCUCUGCUCCUCAGCCAACUGGUUUUAACUCAAAUGCAGGCUUUAAUUCAUCUACGACACAGACAAAUGCCUUUUCUCCUUCACCUGUAUUUGGCCAAUCAUCAGCCAAUCCUUUUUCUAGCACAACACCUAAUUCUAACCCAUUUGCACCAAAGACUUCAACAUUUUCUUCUGGAUUUGGAACCUCAGCUCCUGCAUUCAGUUCAUCGGCUUUUGGUUCUUCAACAUCAGCAGCAGCACCUUCAAUUUUUGGCUCAUCCACAUCUCCGUUUGGGGCUAACUCUUCGUCACAAGCAUUUGGGUCAUCUACAUCCCUGUUUAAUACUGCUGCUCAGGGUACAUCUUCACCAUUCGGCUCAAGCAUUUUUGGCAAUACCCAGCCGUCCCAAUUAUUUAGCUCUGCAGCCCCCACAAAUGCACAGUCUGGUUCCGCUUUUGGUCAGAAUACCUCCCCUUUUGGUCAGACUGCUAAUUUUAGCCAAUCAAGCUUGUUCAGUUCACCUUCAACUGGGCUUGCUGGAAGCAUUUUCUCAAGCAGCGCAUCACUCACUUCUAAUGCUCUGACAGGUUUUGGUCAAACAGCGCCGUCCAUGUCAACACCUUUCCAAUCUGCACAACCUGCUCAGUCGAGUGGUGCUUUUGCCUUUAGCAACUUCGGCCAGACACAACCUGCUGGUGCAAGUAGCUUCGGUGGAACUCCAGGCAUAUUUGGUCAGAAUAAUUUUGGGAUUCAAGCUACUCCCCAGAACUCUAUGGUUCCACAAGCUGCGCCCAUUACAAACCCAUUUGGAACACUUCCUGCUUUGCCUCAGAUGUCAAUUGGUCGAGUUGGAACCACUCCUUCCGUUCAAUAUGGAAUCUCUAGCAUGCCUGCCCAAGACAAACCUGCUACUGUAAGAAUAUCCUCCUUAUUGACUUCUCGCCACCUCUCUCAAAGACGAAUCAAGUUUCCUAUCAGGAAAUAUAAGAAUGAGGGAUCAAAGGUUCCAUUCUUUAGUGAUGAUGAGGAUACUCCAACCACACCAAAGGCUGAUGCUCUUUUCAUUCCGAGGGAAAAUCCAAGGGCGUUGAUCAUUUGUCCCAUGGAGCAGUGGCCUGGAAGGGCUUCAGAGAAGGCAUCUUCUUUUAAGGAGAGAUACACCUCAGCGAAUGAGAAUGGGUUAGGCUCAAGAGAAGCAUGUACCACACCGAACGAUAGGACUGGCUCAGAGGCUAAGGAGACUGAAAAUGGUGUUGUCGUGGAGCAAGUUCAGCCCAUACCAACAAAAAAUGCAUCCAAUAAUGAAGACCAUUCUCCGCAAAAGGCGGAUAUGUACAAGACACUCAGUGGUCACAGAGCUGGUGAGGCUGCCAUUGUGUAUGAACAUGGAGCUGAUGUUGAGGCACUAAUGCCAAAGCUGCGACGGUCUGAUUACUUCACACUGCCUCGAAUACAUGAACUGGCGGCCAAGGAAAGAGCUGAACCAGGAUUCUGCAGUCAUGUCAAGGACUUUGUGGUUGGAAGGCAAGCUUAUGGCAGCAUCAAAUUUUUGGGUGUGACAGAUGUUCGAGGGCUUGAUCUUGAGUCUAUCGUUCAGUUUAACAAUCGUGAGGUGAUUGUAUACAUGGAUGAUUCAAAGAAACCUCCUGUUGGACAAGGGCUGAAUAAACCUGCUGAGGUAACACUCCUCAACAUAAAAUGUUUCGACAAAAAAACUGGACAACAGUACACUGAAGGGCCAAGAAUCGAGAAAUAUAAAGAGAUGCUCAAGAGAAAGGCUGAAGACCAAGGUGCUGAGUUUGUAUCAUAUGAUCCCAGUAAAGGAGAGUGGAAGUUCAGGGUCAACCACUUCAGUGUUUACAAGCUGGUAGACGAAGACAAUUGGAUACAAGUUGAUACAUAAAGGAUUGGUUUGUCCCAUAUAAUAUGGGAGAGGUCAACAACACAUUUUAUAGUUUGGGAACUAGAGUAUUGCUCGGAAGUGUAUUCUGUUUUUUCAUGUAAAUUGUUUGUAUUUUGUGGUUAGAGCCUGCGCCAACGUUGUUGAUAUGUCCUUGUUUUCCUUUGGGAUUUAUUUUAUAGAUUUUACAGUUGGGGACGUUCAAACUAUUUUUAACAUUAUUUUCUUCUAUUUGCUUAAAUGGUGAAAUCUAGGGUGAGGGAUCAAAAUAGCUGUCUCAUACCGAGGCAUUAAGAUUUUACCUGCAAUAAAAAGUUUGUGAAACUGGGUGAUUUUUUUCGAA